AUGUCACGCAAGUCUACUUUCCUCUCGCGAGAGCCAUUGGUAUAUAUACUCCAAGCCCGAUACUGGAGCAUCACUCACAACAGCACACUCCAGGACUCCAAAGACGCAAAAUGGAAAAGAUUAGUCAAGACGAAUUACCUCGAUCCACAUGGAGAAAAGAGAGACUGGGAGUCCGCUGAACGCCAGACAAGACCAAACGACUCUGCGGUCGAUGGUGUCAACAUCGUCGCUUUUCUGAACAAGUCGGGUGGCACCGAGAUCCUUCUAGAGAAGCAAUACCGGCCACCUAUCGAUAAGGUUGUCAUAGAACUGCCUGCUGGCUUGAGCGACCCGGGAGAGACAAUUGAGCAGACUGCAGUCCGGGAGCUGAAAGAGGAAACUGGGUAUAUCGGUAUCGUAGAUAAGACAAGUGGCAUCAUGUAUAAUGAUCCCGGGUUCUGCAACGCCAACUUCAAUAUGGUUUAUGUUCAGGUUGAUAUGUCGCUCCCGGAGAAUCAGAAUCCGAAGCCUGACCUCGAGGAUAAUGAGUUUAUCGAGUGCUUCACGGUUCCGGUGUCGGCGCUUUUUGAUGAGUUGCAGAGGCUGGAGGGGGGAGGGUAUGCGAUUGAUGCGCGGGUGGGAUCUAUUGCGGAAGGAAUUGAGAUUGCAAAGAGGUUGAAAAUUUGA